GUGAGAUCGUGGGGCCGAGCGGAGGGAAAAACACCUCCUAGAGCCUGUCCCUGAGGGCUGUGGGGAGCGAGUGAAGGGCAGAGCAGCUCCCGGAGCCCGUGAGGGGCGGGCACGGGCCUGGCUGCGGGGAGUUACCGGAGCUGCCCCAUGGCGACUGCCCUGGCAGAGAGCUCUGGGAGCCGUGGAAAGGGGCUGGAGUUGAGCCAGAGUCACAGCAGCUCUGCUUUGGACUAUUCAGGAGACACCUUUGAGUCCUUCAGCGAGGAGGAGGAGGAAGAGGAGAGCGAAGCACCUGGAUCGUGGUGUUCCACAGAGGAUUUGGAGGGGUCAGCUGUGUCAGAGGCGUUGGAAAGCACAUCAUCACAUGGCCAAAGCCAUGCUGAGGGGGAGUCUGAGGCGGUGGAUUCUGCAGCUGUGGAAAGAGCUGCCAUAGGGAAAUGGAUUGAUGCCAUGGGAAAAUGGGUUGAUCUGAAAAAUAAAGACACUGGGAUUCAGCCAGACAAAUCUGUCGUCAGAACUCCUGCUGGAAUUCCCGAAUUAUCCCAUGGAGAGCUGGAUGCUCUCAGGUCUUUUUGCACCAGGAAGAUCAGCGGGAUGCACCAGGAGCAGGCAGGGAGUGGGAAGUGCAGGAAGCUGCAGUGUGGAGUCCCAGCAAGGAGAGCUGAGACAGGAGAUUCCUGUGCUGUUCCUGCCCGGCUGAUGAACAGGAUCCUGCUGGAAAACACCAGGGAGGCUGUGAAACAGGUGGCAGAAGCUCAAAUCCACGAGGCUUCAGCGUGUCCUGACUGCCAGCAGAAGGAAGCAGAGCUGGCCAAGGUUGCCUUUCUCAGGAGAAAAAAGACUCUGCUGGAAGGUGCUUUGAUCCAAGAGAAACUGGAAGAACACUUUUACUGCAGAGACACGCUCACACUUCUAGGAGAAGCACUCAGAAGCUUUCCCAAACCUUCAGAGGAUCCCUGGGACUUGUGGCAAAGGCUGAAGGGUCAGGAAAUGGAAAGCCUGAAAGUAACCAUCACUCCAGUGGGUAAAGAACUGGGAGAGCCUCCUGUGGGCUAGAAUUCCAGUGAUUAUGGAUCUGAGCUGCUCUGGCAGUGAUGGAUUGGGUGCUGGUUUAAUAUUCCUGCAGGUGGAACCAGAUCUGCCUGUGUGGGGUGUGAGUCAACCCUUUCUCCUUCCUCAGUGCAAAUGCUGCAAUAUAUUGUAAUCCAUCUCCAUAGGUUUUUCAAAUUCCAGAAGCCAACAGUUUCCAUUAUUAAUCUGGCAAGCCAUAAGUAUUGUUUUUUGUGGGAUUGCUGUGGGAUUGCAGAGCAGCUCCUAGCUGCUUCCAUCCAUAAGGAAAAUAAAUCACUCGGUUUUCCAGGGCAGGGAGGUGUAAUUACUGCAUUUCAGCUCAGUCUUUGCCCACUGUCUCGUGGUAAAUUGAAAGUGAGAGCCCCAGGUGGUGGAGAAAAAGCAAAGUUAACUAUAGAAAGCAGUAAAAUGAAAUGCAGUAUUUAUAGAAGAGAAACAAUGAGGCUGUAAGAGAAAUUAAUCAGCAGGACUGGGGAUGCCAAGAGGAUGAGAAAUGCUAAUAAAUUAAUCAUGGAAUCUAUACAGGAUAGGUGCCUAGGAGAAAAAACCAACAGAGUUUAAAACUGGAAUAAGAACUAUAAGAAAAUACUUGAGAAUUUGUUGUAAUUUUCUGUAGUUUUUCAAGAUGACAAAGCCACUGUUGUUCAAAGACUGGAUCUGGGGUUCAGUACACAUCCAACUAAAAUGGAAUUAUGCCGGAAAUCUCUGAAAUUAUCUUCACUGUGGCCUCCAAAGGCUGGUGGUGCUCUGUGGGCACCUCUACACCCCUCUGUGAUCAGAGCUGACAGCGAGGGCUCAGCCCUGUGCUCUAGCCGUGGCCUUGUGGCCUUGGCUCAGUCCUGAAGGGACUGACUCUCCUCAGCCUCCCGUCUCCUCAUUUCUGGGCAUUCAGAUCCCCGUGGAAAUCUUGGAGGAAUAUCCCUAUCUAUGAACCCACACUGUAUUUUUGUGACAAAGCAGAGAGGAUUAAAUCUCCCCGUUGCAUUUUCUUCCCCCAUUUUGGGACAAGAGCACUCACUGCUGAAGUGGGGUUUGUGUUUCCUACCCGUGGGCCUGUUCCCUCCUCGUGCACUCUGUUGUUUAUAAGAGUCCUCAGGGGCUAUUUGGCCUCUUGUCCUCACUUCCCACGAACCAGUGGAAAACCUGGAGGGAAAUGCUGGGAUAUAAACAGAAGUGUUAGCAAAGCUCUGCCUUCUGCUGCUUAAAAAUCUGCUGGGAGUGAUUUCCCUGGGAGCUGAUACUGAGUGGGUCAAGCCCCUGGUGGAAACCCAGCCCAGCCCAAUGCUGGUUCUGGUUUCUUGCAAACAGCUCUGAUACUCCAUCAAAAAUAUUCCCCUAAAAACAUUCCCUUUUGAGCUGUCCCUGCAGAGCACCUGGAUAAAAAAUAAACUCUGCUUGUUCCUUCCUGUUGCUCUGGAAUCCUUAGAAAUGUUUAAAUCCUUUAAAUCUCCUCCCUUCCAGUCUCUUUAUGGGUGCUCCACCUCUGUUCCUUAUUUUGGUCUUCACUCCCUGGUUCUCUGAGCCUUGGGAAGUCUCUGCGAUCUGCAAACACUGGGAAAGGCACUCACAAUUCCACAUGGAGCCUUGUAAAGGCUGUCAGGUGUACAAGAGGUGAUCAGGAACUGAACCCUUUGAAAAUGUCAUUUUGUAGCACAGAUUUCAGCCCUUACAGACCCACAAGAAGUGACUUCCAGGACUCCUUAAAAAAUAAUCUGUACACGUUGAUACUUUUGCUUUCAGAACAUAGAAGCUUUCUAGAGCUCCUGAAACGUUUCUUUGCAGCUGCUGUCAAGCCUUCCUGUAAAUCCUGAACUGGGAGUUACUUGCGUUGUGUUUGUCUGUGGAACAGCAUCCUGCUCGCACACAGUGCCUGCACAGCUCUUGUUUGUUUGCAUAAAUGUUACAAAGAGAACUCGGGUAACUCCUCAGGAAAAUCAAAGCAGAUUUUGCUGAUGGCUGUUGGAUGCGUUUUCCUGCUGCUCACUACAGUUGUUUUGUUCUUUCAUCACCACUGACUCUGAGAUCUGAGUGUUUUUCUUUAGCAGCUCUUAGAGAUACGCAAUGGAAUGAAUGAUCCGAGCCCCUAAAUAAUUUAUUUCCUAAUCCUGCAGUUUUUGAGGCUGGAGAUCCAAAACUCUUGACAGGGAGGAUGUGGGAGAGAGGGUGGGUGAUGUCUCUUCCUUUUUCCCCUUCCAGCAGCAGAUUUUUCUUUUGAUCCAAAGAACCCCCAAAACUCUGAUCAAGGAAUAUUGAUUCAUCUGCUGCCUGGUUUGUGCUUGCUGGGGCAUAAAAGGAGCAGGGUGGCUCAAGAGGGAUUCCUAUGGAAAAGCAGCUGUGGCUGUGAAACAAAUCACUCUGCCUCUUCAAAGUGCUCUGCAGCUUUGGCUUUGUGGCUUUCAUGCCACCCAGGGCUGCAUGAUUUAAUCUUCUGAAUGAUUGCUGCUGUUGUGGAGAUCAUUGCUCUGAACUCUGUGCUAGCAGAGAGGGUUUCUCCCAUCUCAGUUGGUUUAUGCUCUGUGUAUGCUGAUAGCCACUUUUGGGAUGUUGGAUUUUAUAACUGACCCCCUUUGGAUAAACUUAAAUUCCUAAGAUUAUCAUUAAAAUCAGUUUCCCAUGGACUGCA